AUGCUUUGGUUGUACAACACCAUCACUUCCAACCUGCUCCAGCUCCACCUGUGGGUCAAUGCUGUGUUUGGAGGCCCACGUGAGCACCCCUGCAUCCUGUCCCGUCCUCUCACAGUCCUGACCCUGUUCUCCCUAUAUGUCAACUACCUGCUGGGGAACAUCCUGCUCACUGUGGCCUUCCCACAGCCUGCAAGUGGGGAGAAACAGCUGGUGUCUGGGGACCUCUUCAUCAUUGCAUUUGGUGUCCACUUUGUCAUCAAGCUGCUCAAUUGCCUGGUGGAGUUCACUCUGUGUAACACAGUGACCAAACGCCUCUGCUGGAUGUAUGAUAUCCUCAACAUGGACCCCCUGGGAUGGACUGACAAGCCUGACACUGGUGGGGGAGGAAGAAUCAGCAUGGCCCGCCAAGCCUGCAGGGAUGCUCCCCCAGAUGACGAGGAGGCCUUUAUUCUCUCUGGAGAUGCAGACAUUCCAGCCAGUGUUGGUGUGGAGGAUGACACCAUGGUCUCCAUAAGCCAUGGCCAGUAUCUGUUGGAGGCUGAGGUCCAUCAUGGAGCUUCUCCCAGUGAGGUGCUGGACACUGCAGAUAUCCCUGUGGAACUGACUUACACAGCUUGUGGUGGGGAACAGAAGCUGGAGGAAUUUAAACCCUCAGCCAUUCCUAAAGUGGCCAGGGGCUCUGUGAGUGCCAAGGACUCUCAGCUCAACCUGAGUAACACCCUCCUUGUAGACAAGCCCCAGCCCUUGCUGUCAGCCUGGCAGCCCAGUGAUAUGCCCUUUGAGGAGAUGGAUGAAAUGCCAACCAAGGCCCUCUCCUCCCAUGCCAUCAUCAGCCCCAUUCCCCCAUCUGCUGGGCCAGGGAAGAGACAGAGGCGCCACACCAUGGUGUUCAACAGGGAGGAGAUGCCAUUCAACAGGCAGGUGUCACUGGCCUCCAAGACUGAACUCAUGAGGCAGAACCUUGCCAAGAAACGCCUCAGCCACAUGGAUGUAGAGACCUCCACUGCAAGAGUUUGCCAAGAUAUCAGGCUGCAGAGGUCACAGUCUGAUACCAGCAUCUUGCAGACCAAUGACAACAUUAACAAUAGCAAUGGCACCAGUGGUGGUCCUGAGACUGGCAACACCAACAUGACAGCAAGGUAA